AUGGUUUCCAUCGGACCAAACUGCGCUGAAGUUGGCAUAGUCAUGCAUGAACUCGGACAUGCUUUGGGAUUUUAUCAUGAACAGUCUCGACCCGAUCGCGAUAAGUACGUGGAGAUUAUCGAAGAGAACAUCAUUCCUUUCAAGCGUGACCAGUUCGAGAUGAAGGAUGUGGCGCAAGUAGAUUCGUUGGGAGAGCCCUAUGACUUCAAUUCAGUUAUGCACUACACAGCUGAUGCUUUUGUCAUGCCUAACAAGACUGAAGUGAUGCGGCGUAAACCAUGCUGUCCAGGUUCAACAAUGGGUUGGCAAGGUAAACUCAGUCCGAGUGACAUUAGGCAGACGAACCUCCUCUACAAAUGUCAUUGUAAGUUGCAUUUCUUUCUUAAAGUAAAAAUCGGUAUUUAUAUCAUUAAAGUUAGCUUUCAACUCUUAGAUUCGUUGUCCUUGAAAAAUGUGAACUGA